ACGCUGACAGUUGGCGAGCGCGCGCGGUCGCCGAAUAUUCUGGGUAUUAGCUGAAGACUUUGAGGUCGGCCAGCUGCUAUGAGGAGAGGAGCGUUCAUUCACUUCGCUAGCAGCCGCGUGUUUCUUUGAUACUGCGCUUUAAAAACGCAACCAUGGCGCUUACACCCCUCGUUUACUGGGCUCAACGCCACGAGGACAUUUACCUGCGCGUGGAGCUGACGGACGCUCAGAACAUAGCUGUUUGUGUACACGAAAACACACUUCAGUUUAGAGCUCAAGGCCGGGGUGCAAAAGGGCAAAAUGACUACGAGUUCAGCUUGGCCUUCCUCCUACCUGUGAAGCCAGAGGUGAGCUACAAGUCGACACAGCGGCAGGUGAACGUUACAGUGCGGAAGGAGCAGCGUGGCUGGUGGGAAAGGCUGAUUGUCCAGGAGCGUAAACCUGUUUUCCUUGCACCUGACUUUGAUCGAUGGCUCGAUGAAUCAGAUGCUGAGAUGGAGAUACGGCAAAAGGAGGAGAAAAAGAAUAGAGUCAGGGCUUCACGGCAUAAAGAGGAAGGUUUCGUCAGCCUGAAAACAGGUUAUCUGUUUGUUUAUAACCUGGUACAGUUUCUUGGUUUUUCAUGGAUUUUCAUCAACAUGACUGUGCGGCUCUUUAUUUUUGGCCAAGAUUCUCUGUAUGACACCUUCCACACUAUAUCGGAUGUGAUGUUCUUCUGCCAGAUUUUGGCAACUGUAGAGGUCCUGAAUGCUGCUUUUGGUGCAGUGCGAACAGGCAUUAUUCCACCUCUCAUACAGGUGGUUGGGAGGAAUUUCAUCCUCUUCAUCAUUUUUGGUAGUUUGGAGGAAAUGCAUAACCGGCCAGUUGUGUUCUUUGUUUUCUACCUGUGGAGCACCAUUGAAAUUUUUAGGUAUCCGUUUUACAUGCUGGGCUGUUUCAAUACAGAGUGGAAAACGCUCACAUGGCUGCGGUACACAGUGUGGAUACCAUUGUACCCAUUAGGUGUUUUGGCUGAAGCUGUUGCUGUGAUACAAUCCAUUCCCAUCUUUGAUGAGACCAAACUCUUCAGUAUUCCUCUGCCAAAAUCCAUCGGCUCCUCUGCCAGCUUCUCUUACAUCCUGCACAUUUAUCUCAUUCUCAUGUUUCUGGGACUAUUUAUCAACUUUCGACAUCUUUACAAGCAAAGGAAGAGGCGUUUCCAAACGAAGAAGAGAAAAGCUAAUUGAGAGUUCUUGUCAACAAUAAUCCUCAAACACCCUUGCUGCCUGCUUGUUUCUAAUUAUUUUAAAAUUAUAAAUAAUAGUCCAAUCAAACCAAUUAUGGGGAUAAAAAUGUUAUUUCCUUUCCUUUCAUGGGUAACAUUUUAACAUCAACACUUUAGGAAUCAUGCAGUAUUUUGUGACUGCAUUUAUAAUCUGGUAAUUUUCUCUCAUGUCAGUUUGCAUGUUGUAGGUAAUCAGGAGUUAUAGUAAAGCUAUAGAUAGUCUGCAAGAAACUGGUAUUUUUCCUUUUAAAAUAUUUUUAAUGCUAUAGUUUAGUUUGAAUGUACUGCAUUAAGAACCAACCGGGACACGCUGCUGUAUUACGUGACCCGUAAACAAAAACGGCAACAUUCAAGAAAUCCUGGUUUUCUUCAUGUUAGAUUCUUGAGCAGUCCUACAACCUCAGGGAAAUAAAAGUGGGGACUGCUAAAAUGCACAAUUUUCGGUCCAUUAUACCCGUUUUUUUGUAUCCUUUGCUGUUUUAUUAGUCACCUGAAUGCUGCAACUAUGACAUGUUUUUGUAAAUCUGACACAUGAUUGGACAUUUAAUAAAUUUGAAAUUUUAA